AGUAAUCAAACGCACACAGUAGCUUUGUUCCGAUUCGCGUUCUGAGCUAAUAAAAAAAGUCCCCAUUUAAAAUCACAAGACUAGAGGUCUGGAACUUUCAUUCACCCAGUAGCUGUAUAUGCUAAGAUACAUAUCUAAACUCAAGAAUCAUCACUUGCCAUUAGCGUCCAUUUCCAAGCCAUCUGAUUUGUUGUUGAAGCAGAUUAGCUUCAAGACUGAACCUUUUCCAGAAAAUGAAACGAUUUCCAAUUCAGGGCUGGCCCAAUUCGGCCUCAACCCUUGUUCCAAUCCGAAUGACCGUGAGUUGGUCCGUUUGAUCCGUGAAAGUACCCGCAACGAUUGGUUCUCGAUAGGUCAACAGCUUCACUGCCGAGCUACAGCAUCAGGGCUAGAUUCUAAUGUGUUUGUUUCCACGGCUUUGAUCAAUUUCUACCUUAAGUUCGAGCUCAUAAAUGAGGCCCAUAACUUGUUCGAUGAAAUGCCUCAUCCGAAUUUAGUUUCUUGGAAUUCGUUGAUUUCUGGGUAUAUUCGUUCUGGGCAGUGUAGGAAAGCUCUGAAUCUGUUUAUCCAGCUGGAAACUUGUGAUGUUUCUGCAGAUUCUUACUCUUGUACAGCUGCUUUAUCGGCUUGUGGACAACUGAGCUUUUUGUUGUUGGGAAGAUCAAUUCAUUCCAAGAUCGUCAAACUUGGUGUCGCUAGUAGUGUUGUUGUUGGAAACUGCUUAACUGACAUGUAUGGCAAAUGUGGAGCUGUUGAAGAUUCUGUGCGGGUUUUUGAGGAGAUGAAUGAGAAGGAUGUUAUAUCUCUUAAUUCGGUUAUAGCGGCUAAUGCUAGAAAUGGGAGGCUUGAACAGGCAUUGAAUUUCUUGCAUCAAAUGAGUGGUCCUGAUACAAUAUCAUAUAAUGAGGUUAUUAGUGGCAUUGCACAAUUUGGUCAUAUUGAAGAUGCUAUUGACAUUCUAUUCAAGAUGCCCCAGCCAAAUUCAUCAUCAUGGAACUCUGUGAUAACCGGCUAUGUCAACCGUAAUAGGGCAAGGGAUGCUUUGGAAUUCUUUUGCAAAAUGCAGUUGGCUGGUGUUCGGAUGGAUCAGUUCACCUAUUCAAGUAUUUUGAGUGGAGUUGCAAGUUUGUCGGCUAUCAUUUGGGGGAUGGUAGUACACUGUUGUACCAUUAAGUGUGGUGUUGAUCAAUCUGUGGUUGUUGGAAGUGCCCUUAUUGACAUGUACUCAAAAUGUGGGAGAAUAACUGAAGCUGAGAUCUGUUUUCAUUCACUACAGAAUAAGAAUUUGAUCACCUGGAACGCAAUGCUUUCCGGUUAUGCUCAUAAUGGACAUUUCAUCAAGGUGAUUCAGUUGUUCGAACAGUUGAUAAAAGUGCAAGAUUUACAUCCAGAUGGGAUUACAUUUCUCAAUGUUUUGUCUGCCUGUUGGCACAGUAGGGUGCCUUUGGAGGCUGCAAAUCUAUACUUAAAGUCGAUGAUGAAUGACUAUAAGAUUGAUGCUACAGCAGAGCAUUGUUCUUGCAUGAUUAGGAUCAUGGGAGAGGAAGGAAAGUUAAACGGGGCAGAGAACAUGAUCAAUGAGUUGGGAUUUGAGUCGUGUUCUGCAGUUUGGAGAGCAUUGCUUUCAGCUUCUGUUGGUUGUGGAAAUGUGGAAGCCGCAGAAUUGGCAGCAGAAAAGGUAAUGAAACUGGAAGGUGAUAGUGAAUAUGUUUACGUGGUGAUGUCCAACCUUUACGCUGGUAACGAGAAGUGGAAAGAUGUUCGAAACAUUAGGGCAUUGAUGAAGGAGAGAAACGUAAGGAAAGAGGCAGGCCAUAGCUGGAUUGAACUUGAAAAUGCAUACUCAAAUUGAGCCACAUUUGGGACUUUCAGAAAAUAUAUUGACCUCUUCCUCGCGGGAUUGUAUACCAGGAAAAUGAAGUGUUACAGUAAAUCAAAAAAUGAAUUAAAAAAGGUCCUCUUAUACAUCAAAUACUCCCUCCGGUCUUUAUUAUAAGUCAUUUUAAUUUCAUUUUAGGUUUAACCUAAAAUAUUUUUGUAAUUGGAAAAAAAAAAUCUUAAAAAUAUACUCUUCUGUCCCAAAAUGAUAGUCCAGUUUGAAAAUAUACAACUUUUUUAAUUUGGUCAACACACCAAAUAUACAACUCAUUUUAUGCCCAUAAUUUCCAU